UUUCAUGUGCAUUAAAUUUUUGCUUGAUGUUUCAGGAGCAAUAAUUUACAAAAAGAUGAUGCAGACUGUCUCAAAUGUGCUCUGGUUCACAUGCCUAAUUUGCAGAAUCUUGAUUUAAGUGACAAUCCUAUUGAGGAUGAUGGAAUCAAGAGUCUGAUCCCGUACUUUGUUGAGAUGUCUGGAAGACCUUUGCCCUUUUCUGAUUUGAAGCUUGAGAAUUGUGAGCUUAGUUGUGAUGGAAUGAGCCAGCUCUUAGAGGUCCUUUCGACCAUGAAGACACCCCUAAAUGUGCUUUCAGUUGGAAGCAAUGGCCUUGGCAGCAAGAUGGGAAGACCAUUCGGAAAAUUUAUGUGCACGGGAAUUCGUGCCCUUGAUAUUGAAGACAUUGGACUUCAUUCAUCUGGGUUUCUGGAAGCACUUAAAGAAAUAAAAAUGGAAAUGCCGCUUGUCUACAUUAAUAUAAGCAAAAACCGAGGUGGGAUUGAAAGUGCAAAGUUUGUGUCGAAGCUCAUCUUGCACACCAAAGAACUUGUUGCAAUUGAUGCGCAACAUAACUUUAUGCCUAUGGAAUCUUUGUCGGUGAUAUCGUCUAGUUUGAAAGUCACCAAAGGAAAGCUAGAGCAUCUGGACUUGACAGGAAAUUCUUUUGGGGAGCAACUUGCUGAUGCGUCUGUGCUGUCUGAAUUUCGAGUCAAUGGUAAAUUUAUUCUCAAAAUUUCAUCUUCAUCUGCUCCAAAUGCACCUUAUGAUGAUGAACCUUAGUUCGUCCAUUGCUAUGUGCAUCCAUGGCUGUAGUCAUUGUACACCAUAUUCGCAUACAUCUAAUUCAACAAAAUUCUUGAGUUCAAAUUUCUAAUAGAACUCAAUCGGAACGAGGUUUGCCCAAACUGAUCGCUUCUGUUUUCUUCCAUAUUCUGCAAGUUAAUACGUAUUAUGUCGAAUGUUGUUUAAUUUAACUUAUCAAAUUUGUUGUCUUGUAAAGGUCGACCAUUUAUUUUAUUAAUAUACUGCAUUUUCUAUUGAAUAAAGCCACCUGUCCUGACUUGAAAACAGGGAAGUGAAGUAACA